AUGGUUAUUGUCGUUAGACCAGAUUUGUCAUUGUCAAAAGAGUUUUGGUAUUGGGUGACUCCGGGAGUGGGUAAAACCUCUCUCACUCAUCUGAUAAGUCAAAAUGAAACAAUUAUAAAUCCUUCUUGGACUGUCGGAUGUUCUGUCGAAGUUAAAUUACACGAGUUUAAAGAAGGUUUACCACAGCAGAAAACAUAUUUCAUCGAACUCUGGGAUAUAGGUGGAAGUUCGAGUCAUAGAAAUACAAGAUCGAUAUUUUACUACCCCGUUCAUGGAAUUAUACUAGUGCAUGAUUUAACGAAUAGAAAAUCAGAGCAAAACUUACAAAAAUGGCUGGCAGAAGUGUUGAAUUGCGAAGCUGAUGGUAAAAAUACAAAACCUUUCGAUGAUUUCGAUUCUGAACAAUUUUUCGGGUCGACACAAAUACCAAUACUCGUUGUCGGUACCAAACAAGAUUUGGUACACGGUGCAAGAUCGCAAAAAUUGAUGACAUUCGCUGAAGAAUGCGGUGCAGAUGAAAUAAUAAUGGAUUGUAGACGAGCUAAUUCUUUGGCUGCCGGCUCAUCCUCUGCCGUUAAAUUAACAAGAUUUUUCGACAAAUUAUAUGCUUGUAAACUUGCUGCUCAAUGUUCUCAUGCAGCAGUUUCGUGUUAUAGACAAGGCAUGAUUCAUUGCCCGAAUAUCACAAAUAAAUGGUUACUCAUGGGCUCACCGAAAAUAAUAUUAAAAUCAAACAUACCUGGGGAAGAAGGUAUUAGAUUAAUUGAAAAACAAGCGAAAAACGAAGGACUAAUCUCUACAGUCAUCAGGGAUGCGGGACGUACCGAAGUUACCAAAGGCACCGUAACCGUUAUAGGUAUCGGUCCAGGUUUUGUUGAUAAAAUUUCUAAAGUUACAUCUCAUCUAAAAACACUGUAA